AUGAGUUUGAAAGAGGCUAUCAAAUUGAAAGCAUUGGUAUUUGAUAGACAAUCCGAUGAACCAAUGGAUAGUAUAGAGUAUUAUAUUACUUGUGAAUUACUAUUAGAAGUGUUAGAUUGUGUCCGAUAUUUGCAUGAAUUACAGCCACCGGUCAUUCAUCGGGAUAUCAAAUCGGCAAACAUAUUGAUAGCCAAUAAUUUAAGAAACGGACGGUUUGUUAAAUUAGGUGAUUUGGGUUUUAGUAACUGUUCAUCAAAUGUUAAUAGUAAUGACGUAAUGGUAUCACAAAUGCAUACAUCGGGUGUGGGAACUCCUAAAUAUAUGGCACCCGAAGUCUAUAUUCAGGCAAUUAUAAUACACUAUCCGAUGUCUAUAGUAUUGGUGUCUUAA